AUGGAAGACUGGGCGCCUUUCUACCAAUUAAUUACAGAAAACCGUUCAAAAGAUAUCGAAUCCUCUUUACUUAAUUACCACGAAUCCCUCCAAUACAUUUCUGAUGCCAAUGGCUUCACCUUAAUCCAUUCCUGCGUUAUCCACGAAAAGGAAGCAAUUCUCGACUGCUUAAUAAAACACGUACCUUUCCACAUAGGAAAAAUCUCUCCCAGACGCUAACAAUGCCUUAAUUUUAAACUGAAUAAAUAAGCCUAACCGAGAUGGCUACACUCCUUACCAUCUUGCCAUCACAAAAGGAAAUUUAGUAACCUAAAACUAGACCAUGGUUAAGUAUUUAACCUUAUCUGGCGCAGACAUAGACAUAAAAACCCCUCUAGGCCUUGGCCCAGUCCAUUUGGCAGCCCAAGGCGAUUUUGCAGACCUAGUUGCAUAUUUUGCGGAAAUUGGCAUAUCACUGAUGGACACAGACUCAAAACAGGCGACUCCUUUACAUUUGGCAGCUUAUAUGGGAGCUUAUUAUUCUUCAGCUGUUUUGGUAUCAUUAAAUGUCCCUUUUGAUUCAAAGAAUAGAGAUGGGCAUACUCCAUUGCAUUUAGCAGUUUUAUCUGACAAUGCUAGAAUAGUGAGACUUUUGUUACUAAAAGGUGCGUCUAGGAGCAUAAAAGAUGCAAAAGGAAGGACUCCUUUGCAUAUUUCGAAGGAAAGUGGACUUAUUGAUAUUGUUGAUAUGCUGAAACCUGAAGGGGUUUUAGCAAAAUGUGGGUAUAAGCCACUGUUAAGUCCUUAUAAAUAUUCGGUGAGGCCGUUUAUUAUUUUGUGCACUUUGCUGCUGACAGUGUCGGUUUUGGCAAUAGUUUUUUGUUCACAGUGUAAGGAAUAGGUAGAUCAUACACUUGCGUGCUAUAGCUUUGCGGCGAGUGCAAUUUUUGUAUUAAUAAUGCUUGUGAUAGUGUCAAAUAUUAACCCUGGAUAUUUGUUUAAGCUUAAAGGGGAUAAACUUUCAGUAACUUUUAUAUUUAAUUACAGUAAAUGCAUAAAUUAAUAGAUUUUUUACCAUUAAUAAUCAGCAAUUAGAUAUAUUUUUAAUGAUUUAGUAUACUUACUCCUCCCAUCCUUGAUCGAACGAUUGAAUGUAAAAAUUCCUAAAAAAUUGGGGAAAUUAACCCCCAUCUUUGAUCGAACGAUUUUCAUAUCAUGCAAAUUUUUUAUAUAUAUAAAAAAUAUAAUAGUUAUCAAAAGCUUGGGAAGAUGUACAUAAUGAAGUUGUUUUCAGAGACUUUGAGACGACAGAAAGCUUCGAAUCAACCAUUCGAAGUGAUUUAAUCAUCAACCUAGGCUUAAAAACUCAAUAAUCUAAUAAAAUAGAGAUUCUUUAAAAUUUAAAAAAACAAAUUUAAUUUAAUAAGGAACAAAUUAAAAUUUAUACCGUUUUAAAGGGGUAACUAAUAAAUUAAAAUAUAAAAAAUUGGUAGUUUUAUGAAAUUAAUUCAAUUUUUUGCUGUAAAAAUAAUUAUUAAAUCUCUUAACCCUCUUAUUUAAAAGUAAAUAAAAAAAAAUAUAUAUAUAUAUAUAUAUUUAAUAUAUAAAAUUUUUUCCCAAAAAAAUUUUUUUUAGCCCCAUCCUUGAUCGAACGAUGGCGAGUCGUUCGAUCAAGGAUGGGGGGGACUUAGAGACUGUAUCAAGAUCACAAUUAUAAUGAAAUUUGUCCUGAUUGUAUAAUAUUAAGGCCGCCAAGAUCUAGACAUUGCCACUAUUGUGAGAGAUGUGUGUCAAAAUUCGACCAUCAUUGCCAAUGGGUAAAUAAUUGUAUUGGCUCAAGGUAAAUUUUAUAUAGAAAUCUUGGCUGGUUUUAUGGAUUUAUAUGGUCGUUGUGAAUUUCUGACUUUUUAUUGCUGUAUAUAUGCAGUCAUGCUUUUGUGUUUGGAAGUAAACAGGGAGGUGAGAUUGAAAAGUUGCCUUAUUUUGAGUCAGAUUUUAUAGCGGGGCUACUUGGAGCUCUUGGACUUUUAGGAAUUUUUCCUAUUAGUUUAUUUUGGUACAGGAUAUAUGUACUUUUUUCAGUCUUUUUUUGGAUUUUUCUCUUAAAUUAUCCUUUUUUAUUAAUAAAAAUUUUAAUAUAAUGAAAUACACUAUAUAGCACUUUUUUUUGGCUGGAACUUGAGCCAAAAAACCCCCGUGCUACAUGGUGUAUUUCACAAUAUUAUUUUUAAAUCAUAAAAAACUCAGUUAUUUAGUUGUAAUUCAAACAAAAAAUUUUUGUAUUAAUAAAACUACAAGCGAGCAGUUUUCUAAAGGUGCCUCCAAAGAUAAAACAAAUGAAAAUAAAAAUUGCUGGCUAUCUAAUUUCUAUUUAAUGUGUUGCAAUGAAGGAGAAGGAAGCUAUAAGCAUGGAGCGAAAUCUUUUUCAAGCACAAAUUCCAAAGCAAGUGACUAUCAAAUGAUGUUUGAAGAAUCGACAUAA